AUGCACGACGCGUUGCGCCUGCAGGCCUUGUCGGACUCGCAGCGGGCGGCGGUGACGAGCGCAGCGGAGCGCCCGCUGCAAAUCCUCGCGGGUCCAGGGUCUGGCAAGACGCGAGUACUCACGAUGCGCGUCGCCUGGCUCGUUCUUGGCGGCGAGGAGCGUGCGCCCGUCGCGCCACACCAGUGCGUCGUCGUCACCUUUACGAACAAGGCGGCAGCCGAGAUGCGCUCGCGCCUCAACGGGCUCAUUGGUGAAGAGAAUACGCGGAUGCUGGUCCUUGGGACGUUCCACGCGACGUGCGCGAGGUACCUGCGGCGCCACGGGCACCGCAUCGCGAUCGAUACCAACUUUACCAUUGCCGACAUGGACGAUGGGAAACGCAUCGUGAAAGAGGUGCUGGACCAGUACAUGGACCGCCUCAAAGAGGGGUCGCUGACCCUCAAGCCCGAGCAGGCGCUUGCGGAAAUUUCCAAGGCCAAGUCCAAGUGCCUCACGCCAAAAAUGCUCGCCCAAGUAAUGCCGGCCUCGAGCGCCGUGACGAAGGAGUACAAUGCAAUCAUCGCGGCGGUGUACUCAGACUACCAGGCGCGCCUGCACGAGAACAAUGCGCUUGAUUUUGAUGACCUGCUCAUGCGCGGCGCACAGCUCUUUCGCGAGCAUCCGUCGGUGGGCAGCGACAUUCGGCACGUACUCGUCGACGAGUUCCAGGACACGAAUGCCGUGCAGUACGAGCUAAUGUGCCUGAUGGCGUCCGCUACAGGGCAUGUAAGUGUCGUCGGCGAUCCCGAUCAGAGCAUCUACAGCUGGCGCAACGCCGAGGUCGGCAACCUCGAAAAGAUGUACAGCGACUUUCCUGGUUUGCACCGCGUCUUGCUCGAAGAGAACUUUCGCAGCACAAAGGCGAUUCUCGACGCGUCGCUCAAGCUCGUGCGCCAAGACACGGAGCGCAUCGACAAAGGCCUCUUUACCUCGAAAGGUGCCGGCGCACCCGUCUCCUUUCGCUCGUUUCCGUCGGCAGACCUCGAGUCGGAGUACAUCGCGCUCGAAAUUCAAAGGCAUGUACUGCUCGCGCAGCCGCUGCUAUCGUACUCGGACGUAUGCAUUCUUCUUCGCUACAACGCGCUAAGUCGCUCGCUCGAAAGUGCGCUACAGCGGCUGCGCAUUCCCUACCGCGUCAUGGGCGGACCCAAGUUCUUUGACCGCGCCGAAGUCAAGGACCUGCUUGCGUACCUCUUGCUGGUAGACAACAAGGCGUACACACCAGCUUUGCUGCGCAUCAUCAAUGUCCCUCGCCGGGGUAUCGGGGCCAAGAGCAUCAAAGAUCUUGCCGAGCUCGCGCAGAAGCACAACCUUGCCGUGCUGGACUGCGUCGACCAGAUGGUCGACGGCAAUGCGGCACUUUCUGCCGGCAUCCGUCCGACCGUCCUCCAGGGCCUGAAAAAGCUCGGCACGACCCUACGCCGGCUGCGCGAGGCGGCGCACGAAGGCAUGCCGGUACCUGACCUCUUGCAGCUCCUCAUUUCCGAGGUCGACUUUGAGGCACACCUCAAGCGCGAGGAGGACUAUGCGUCGCGCUGGGAAAACGUCCAAGAGCUGAUUAGUUUUGCGGCGUCGUGCGAUACGGGCAUGUAUGAUACCCAGGACAGCUGGGGCGAAGGGGAUGGCGACGAGCGCGCGCCGAAACGUGCACGCAAAGACAUGGCGCCGACGCCGCUGCGCAUCUUUUUGGAAAACAGCAUGCUGGCGUCCGAUACGGCAGCCGGCGUCGACGGGAACGAGAUGGUGACGAUUUCGACGUGCCAUGCGGCAAAAGGCCUCGAGUGGCCUGUCGUAUUUGUGCCGGCGGUCGAAGAGGGAAUCUUUCCCUUCUAUCGGUCAGUCACGGCGGACGAGCAGCGCGAAGAACGGCGGCUCUUGUACGUUGCCAUGACCCGCGCCGCGACCAAUCUCUACUUGAGCCAUACCCGCCGCCGCCUCGUUGCGGGCGAGUGGCACUCGCGCACGCUCAGUCACUUUCUUGCACCCCUCAUUCCCAAAGCACGCUCGGGCACGCAGCCGCCCGGUGCACCUCGGCACCAGGUCGUGGACUGGUGCUUUGGCGUGCCAGACGUGAGCAGCGCGUUUCAAGACGUCGCAUCGGUGCUCCAGCGCCCGAUGCCUGAGCAAGACACGCUCAGCCAAAACCAGGCUGCGUACGCUGCGUCAGCGACGGCCCGACGCCUGUCAGAGAUGCACGAAGACGAGAUGAAGCCCGAGACGAAGCCUUCGCCGCCGAUGUACACAAGUGGUCCCCGCCCCGCGUCGAGCGGAUUUGCCUCUGCACUCAACUCGCUCGGCUCCUCGGCCUUGUCUGGUACGCGCCAAGGCAAUGUGCGUGCGGCGAACCCGCUUCCGAGCCAGCUCGGCAAGCCGGGUCGCUCGCUUGGCCUGCGCCGCGGCCCAUCGCCCGCGGCGUCCUCGAGCGGCGCGUCCUUUUCACGUCCCUCGGCCAGCGACCCCACGCCGCCGAGCCGAGCGGGCCUGUCGACCCCCACGCUGUCCAAGCCGGACCUCUCCACGCCCUCGCUGAUCCGGUCUGCGCCGCGCACGCUCGGCACACGGCGCCCGAUGCCCAAGUUGGAUCAUGAAAAGCGGCAUGACUAG